GCCACGUACUGAAAGUUGCCAAACAUAUAACGCUAUUCUAUCCUUCAUUUAAAAAAACGUAUUAUCAGUCAGUCGAUAAGAAGUGUAGAAGGAAAAGAAAGAAACGAAAAAAAGGAACAGAAAACAAAUUAUUUUUAGAAACAUGUUUUUGUAUCAAUUCUUCUUCUUUCUUUUGUUUGUUUCUCACAUUCUUAAAGAAACGGCAAAGGGUACGAAAAGACGAAUGUGUCGAAGCGGGAGACCCCUAUGAAAGUGACUGGUACCUCUGAGCACAUAAAUGAACAUCAGUACUGACCAUGGCUUUUCUAAGACGAUACCCUCCAGAGAAGAAUCGAAUCGCCAGUAUAGUACAGUGAACAUUCUCCUGGCGACCACCACUGAAGGUGACCAGUUAAUUCUGGCAGCCACUUCCACAGAAGACCGAAAUCAUCUAAACAGUGAUUCUGAAAUUUACUAUCUGCACAGACUCCUUCUUACAGCAAAAGCUCGAACUAAACCCCCCAGUGAUACAACUCUAUAUACUGCAUGGUAGAAAAAUUACUAAUUUACCUUUGUUGUGUUAAAUGGUUGACAGCCAUGCCUGAAGAAUAAACAAUCGGAAUGAAGUCUCGUAGGCAUCAGAUGAGUAUUUUUCGACACAGAUACAAGCACAUGCCGCGGUUGUCGUCGGAAUAGCAAUUAUAGAUCUUGUGGUUCCAUAGUGUUACGUAAAAUACUCAAGAAGAAAAUCACAAUGCGAACAAAAGAACUCGGAUAAAAAGAAACAAAAAAUAAAAGCAAAGAUAAGAUUAAAAAAAAGAAGCGAUUAAAAAAAAGAAAAGAAGAAAAAAGACCUUCGUGCCAUUAAAAAAAAAAAAUUAGUGCGCAGCGCUGCAGCGUUUGGCAUCCCAUCUUGACAGGCCGCCAUUAUCCUCUCCGUCUCCGAUGUCGGAUGAUGUGACGUCAUACACGAUUCGGGUGCGUUCGGCAUUCUUCGGUUACCAUAUAUGGUCAUGAAAAUGCCGAAGCAUCGCUAAUGAGCUCGGAAUUAUUCAUGAGCCUGAGACCUUGGAUUUUUGGAAGCCCUUGGCAAAGCAGAGAGAGCGGCUGGUGUUAUAUGGACGCUUGCUACGAUGCAAGGCGUACGAAUGGUAAAAAAUCAUAUCUGCAUUCAAUUUUUGUUCUGUGCAUGAUGCAGGAAAGUGCAGAAACGUGCAGAGUAAAAAGUGUAUAGCACGAAUGACGUAUUGGCUGGAUUAUAUUCCAUUUUCCCUGUUUGCUGUUUUGCAGACGGUUUCAGGUAGUAACUAUUUUUUAAACAAAUUAAUGUUUUUGAUACGGAAAGUUGUAAUUUUUUAACUCAUCACUUUUAUUAACCAUAUUGUUGUGCGUUAUGUUAUGCAUUUUACAAAACGAAAUUAUUUUAAUUACGAAUAUUUUAAAAAAGAGUUUCAAAAUAAUAAACCAGAUCUGUUGCUCAAGAGGCUAAGACUGUCAUCUGCAAAUUAUCCGUCCUGGUUCCGAGCCUCUCUUGUGUUGCAAAACUCAUACUGAGCUUAUGAAAACAUUUGUGUAGAUCUGACCUAACUGCAAAAUUUAUCUGAAAAUUUUAUACAAAUAUCUAUUUGUUGAUAAUACGAAAAUUAAGUUUUUCUUGUUAUAAAAAUAAUCAUGUUUACCUCAAGAGCUUCUGAGUCUUAUCACUGCCAGAAUUAAAGCAUAAGAUGUUUCAAAUCAUCUUUAGGAAAGAAAUUUAGUGCAAAAUUUAUCUUAUAAAUUACUGAAGUGCCACUACCUACUUGUGCCAAAUACCAGCUAUGAACUGCUGUUUACUAUUCCUGUUUUAUCCUCAAAUCUAUCUUCGAAAGAAUUUUUUCUUGUUUUAAAUUUUAUCCAGCGAAAUUUUAAACAAGUGUUUAUUGGUUGAUCUUAGUGAAUGGUAUUGUGAGAAAAAUUUCAGGACUAGAAAUUACAUGUAUUGACUUCUCUGUGUUCGAUUUAAAAAUCUUUAAAUUUUGGAGGUCUUGUCAAUUUCUGAAUACAUGCUAUAUGAAUAAAGAGACUUUUAUUAGCGUAUCAUUGAUGCACUGAUAAUAAACUCUUCUGAUGCACAUAAAAAUACAAAAAAAAGUUCCUGGUUGAUUAAUAAAUGUAUUAUGAUAUUUUUUAUUUCUUAUAUUUUAAUAAGAUUUUAAUUUUGUCUGAAAAUUUCUGAACAAGUAACAGUACUUAACAGUAAUAAAUAUUGUUAAAUAAUAAUAUUAUUAAAUAUAUAGUUUUAUUAAAUAUUUAAUUGUGAAAAACCAAAUUUAUUUUCCUUACGUUAAGAAGAAAACAAAAGAAAAGCUUUAUGUACUGAACUCCAUAAUAUAAAUAAUUCGAUAUACCAAGGUUUCGCUUAUGACACUUGCCGAGUAACCGGCGGAGCAGGUUAUAUACUAUGAGUCAGAUGUGAAGGAAUAGAAACUGGAAUAUGUAAACAAAUCUGUGGAAACAUGCUCUCGUUUUCAAAAUAGACCUGCCUCAUACAGAAUGAAACCACGAAAUUCUGAGGUGGUUAAAAAAAAGGAAGGUAUACUGUAUAAUAAUAGAAAAGUCGCAUCUUCCAAAAAAUAAAACAAAACAAAAAACAUCGCAGAAGAUUGAAUGAACGCAAGCAUCGCUGACGUAACGAAUGACGUCAAGAGCCGCAUAACCCUCUGAUUGGACAGCGACCAGGUUCCGGCUCUCCAAAUAUGGAAGUGCUCACGGAAGCGGCCUUCAUUCAGUAACGGCGACGUAUAAAGAGUACAGGUUGAAUGAGCUUACGCGCAUUUUGACGUCGUGCGCUGGACUUGACGGUUCAGAAACGCCAUGUUUCAACCUCGCUUUCGAUAGCACGAAACCGACUGUCAAUCCCUGACUUGUCAAGAGGGUUGUUUACACUGUCAGUGUUGACGUGUGACAGCAAUUUAUAAACAUAAACAAGAACUGACCAGGAACAGUGUCCGACCCCCAGGAAACAGUGACUCCGGACUUGGGAAACCAGGGGUCCAGUAUGAUUAUGGACACUCUUGGUGUGCUGACAGGGGCCCCCUUAGACACAGGGCCCCAUCAACCGUUCAGCCUUAGCUUCGACACCUUCAAGCUGAUCGGGGGAGAUAUGGAAACCCCUGAUCCAUCCGCGUCGAAAUCCUCACCACAUCACCACUACCCCACUGUUGACAUUCGCCUCGUGAACCCGACUGCGCGCGUCAAAAAAGAGAACGAAGAGGAAGAAGGGAUGGAGGACGAUACUCUCAAUACGCCGGUUUCCACGAGUGCUGAUGUCAGUACAUUCUUCUGUACGGAUACCACCAUCUCGGACCCUGUUCCCAUCACAGACAUGUUUGACUCUGAAAUGUGCCAUACUCUCCGGAGCUGUGAUGCCCUACUCGAAUCGUACCGAACACCAUGGGACUCUGCUGAAGCAUCGGAACCUUUAAAUGACCGGACGGAGUGUGUGGGGACUAUGUUCCCGGGAAGUCAUAGCAACUCUCCCGUGGGUCGCAUCAGCUACAGGGGUAGCUUUACCACCUCAACAACCCCUGUCACCUCAGCGUGUUCAUCAUCUGCAUCGGGACUGUCACCCUCAGAUUGGUUGCAAAGUCCAUCAUCUUCAGAGAAGAGCCUCCUCACACCUCUUCUCAACAUCAUGGGCAGUUCUUCUACACCACCACCUCCUUCCGCCUCAGCCACCCCUCCGCAUCACCAUCACCAUCAACACCAGGAACAGUCAUCCUAUGAAGAAAGUCAACAAGAGCAACAGCAGACUUUCCUUUCAAGUCCUUCGCCACAUCAGCAAGAGCUUUUGGAACAGUUUGCUGUCGCAGUUUCGCAGCAACAGUUCGACCCUGUGUCUUUUACAUUGAAGCAGCAGUCACCAUCAUAUUCUACCCCAUCCUCUACUGGCACAGCUUCUGACCUCAUGGGAGUGUCUCCAGAUGAAAUUGUAUACCAUAGGUCGUCUCCAUCCACCUCGUCACAAGUGGGAAAAUAUCACUGGACUACUGCAACGGCGGAUUUUGCAGCUGGUGGACUGCAACUUGCGUCUACUUCCAUCUUAGUACCUAAAAUGGAGCCUUUAGCAGAAGAGGCAGUUUCAGCCUCGUGCUCAACGGCAGGCACGACCAGCAUGCUUUUAACGAGCGCUCAGUCAUCAGCCUCCCUGGCGGAGUACAAUCAAAGCACCAGUAAAGGUCAUGAAAUUCUUAGUCAAGCGUACCAAUGCAGCAACGUUCCAUUGAAGCUAUUACCUGUAAAGCCCCGUAAAUAUCCGAACCGUCCCUCCAAGACGCCCUUGCACGAGCGCCCAUAUGCUUGCCCCAUCGAUAGCUGUGACCGAAGGUUCUCGCGAAGUGAUGAGCUAACUCGGCAUAUCCGGAUUCAUACUGGACAAAAACCGUUCCAGUGUCGCAUUUGCAUGCGUUCUUUCAGCCGCUCCGACCACCUUACAACGCAUAUUCGCACCCAUACUGGUGAAAAGCCCUUCACCUGCGAAACCUGUGGUCGCAAGUUCGCGCGCAGUGAUGAAAAGAAGAGACACGCGAAGGUUCAUUUAAAGCAGCGCUCGAAGCGUCAGCAGUCUUCGUCCUCGACCUCGACAACCUCGUCAUCAGCGGCAUCGUCCACUGUAUCUUCAUUGCAACAGCAGCAGCAACAACCAGAACAGGGUGGACUGUUGUUGCUGGACAUUCCGCCUUCUACCGCUGCUACUAGUCUCCUAACCGGCCCACUCGCUACAACGGUGGUCACGACAUCAACCACUGCCCUUAGAUGAUUGUGAUGAAUAUGAUGACUUGCAGAGUCUAGUGAGAAAGAUGGAGGGAUUUAAGUUUUAUUGUAUCAGUGUGGUCGUCCGAACGCAAGCUCAACCUAAUUUCCCCGGUUUAAAAAAUCUCAAAUAUGUGAUAUCUAAGGAACUGAUACAUCUGUGCUGUUUUUUGAAUUAUUUGUUUCAUAAUUUUUAUUGUUUAACACUUAGCUUAUUACGAAUUCUUCUGCUCUCACUGUAUCAUUUACGCGAAGUAGUAUUUGAAAAUUUUGCCAGAUUUCUGGCAAUAUCAGCAUGUUCACCUCGAAAGAAAUUGAGAUUCGUUUUGAAAAGCACCUUACAUAAAAUAUAGUCUUUCUGAAAUCGCAUAUUUGUAUAGCGAUUGAAUCUGAAAGCUUUAACUUAUCAGUCAAUACUAAAAUACUAGUUUUUAUUUAUUCCGCCAGAAGUUUGUACCGUAGAAGUUUUGAAACCAAUGUUUUCCUUCAACCUGUUAAGUAUCCGAAAUUUACAAGAGAUUAUAAAAUAUCAUAAAUAUAUCUUUCCUGCUACGAUAAUUGCACGUUUAGUAUAUUUACUGAACAUUUAGUGUUUAUUAUUAUUAUUAUUAUUAUUAUUAUUAUUGCGAUCAAAAUGGCUGCAGUUUCCGUUCUGGCGACUUUCUAUACAUCCAAGAUGGUUGUGUAAUUUUUAAAAUCAUCGCGUAUGUUUUGUAUUUACGUCGCGUUUUAACAUAUUUUCAUGGUGAAAUAUCUCAUUGUUUCGUAACUCACGCACGCGCAAAUAAGUGAUAAACUUCAGACGAUUUACAUUUUCCUGGCCAGUGCCUAUUCUGAUAAAAUGUCGAUAAUAGAACAUGAUAUUUAUUUAUAUAUAUAUUUUAAGAAGGCAGCUAAUUUUUUGUCCCACUCAAUUUCGAAAAAUAAUUAUUGUAUAAUUUCUAGGAAUUUAUUGCAUUUGAGUCAAUUAAUUAACAAAACCGAAUGCUGUUAUCAGAUAAUUCAUCGGGAUAACGUGCAACUUAAGCGUGCAAUUCAGAAUAGGGGCUGAGCAUAUUUUUUCGCCUUAAUGCAUUAAAUAAGCGCGAUGUAAAAAACUGUUUUCCCCUACGUGAUAUUAUGUAUGUAUUUUUAAUAUUUUUGUCGAUAUUAGUGCCAAGUCAUGCAUUUUUAGAAUAUUUUAUUGCAAGGUUCGCGAAUGAAAUCAAUUUUUUGAUAGUUUUAAAGUUUAUUUUAAAGUAUCAAAAUUGAUGUGAAUUUUCCUUUUAUUCUUGAGUAUGUCUGCAGCACAAAUUACUAAUGUUGUACUUUGUAUAGACUUUCUGUUGAAAGCUACAUAUAUCAGAUACUGAGGUUAAGCACCUUUUCCCUAAUUCAAAACUGAAUUUCUUAUUUAUUAUCUUUGUUACGUUAUUAAGUUACUACAAAUGAUUGCAUUUCAUAACCAGUUACUAAUUUCAAUUUUUGUAAUGAUUCUUUCGUUAUAACUAUUUAUUUUACUGCAUAUAAUGAAAUUUAACAGAGUAUUACAGUUUUACAGUAACCAUGUAUAUAUUUUCUAUAAUAUUAAUUAUAAGUGAAUAUUUUGAAUUUCAUAAAAUUAGAAGCAUUGCGGUUAAUGAUACAGAAAAACAACAUACACUAAAAUGUUUAGGUAGUAAUUUCUUUUUCAAUAUUUUGGGAAGUAUUUUGUUUUCUACUUAAAAUAGUAAUAUUGAUAUAGUUUUAUAAAUUAAAAUUUCACCAUUUGUUUAUUAUUCUUUCUCCUCCUUUAUUGUAAGGGAUUGAAGAAUAAGUAAAAGUACGUUUUAUAGGGAUAUGACGGAAGUUUAAUUGCAUGGUUAUUUCUUUGAAUAAAAUUCGUUCAUAUUAAUAUACUUUUAAACAAACUGUAUGAAAAUUUGGUGCUAUUUUGGUAGACGGUAGCACGUAUUUUAGGGGAUUUACGUUGGCUCAAUUGUUUGUGCGGUUUACAGUCAGCCAUCUUGAAAAACGCCGUUUCUACGUAUUUUAUGCAAGGUGAAGUAUUCGAAACUUUAAAAAAAUAAAUAUCGUUAAAAAUAAUGCAUUCAUUUUUUGUUGAAAACGUCAUUUUUUAAGAUAGCAGACAAAUGUAAAUAAAUACAUUUACUACGAGUAUAAAAUACUCUAAAGUAAGGUUAAACUAUUACUUUCAUAUAGCAAAGAAAUAGAAUAAAAACACCGCUAUAAAAACAUUGCGCCAACGUUUAAUUGGAUUAAAAUGUCACUUAAAUUGAAUAUCCAAUUAAAAGCAUCAUAUCAACGUUUAAAAGAAUUUAAAUAUUAUUUAAAUUCAAAUACUUUAAAAUAAGUUUUAUAGGAUAUAACUAUUUAACAUUAAAACAUAUGUGGCAAUAAAUAUCUCAGCAAUUUUUGAAAACAGUGUAUUAAUUUUUGUAAUAAAAAAUUGAAGCAUACAAUUAUAAAGUAAAAAAAAAAAUAUGUACUUACAGCAUUUUUUUGAGAAUUUAACCUUCGUAUGUUGAUAAGUACCACAAAAAAAAAAAAAAAAAAAAAAAAAAAA